AUGACAGCAUUCGUUUAUAGAUAUGAUCCAAAGAGACCGACACUCUCGGCACUGUCUCGCAGUUUGAAUGGACUGGGAUAUGGAGCCGUAGCCGUAUUGCUAGUGAUGUGGAUCAUGACCCUGCUGGACAGUUGUGAUUGCUCAUUGUCAAAGAAAACGUCAAACGCCGUCGACUUUAAGAUGGUGAUCGUGGCCAUUACUGCUUCGGCCUACAUUGCCUUUGUGUGCCUGGUUAUCAACAUGCUGUUGCCACCCAAUGCCCGUAUCACCCAGAGUACUACAUCCGAGUACAUGGGUACCGCUUAUGGAAAUGGAGUGGCGAUGGAUGUCCAUCGUGUCACCACGACCACCACCAACACAGUUGGCGAGAUCGAACCGCUCCGACGCAAGUGGACCAAGCACAACAUACAUAACAUCCUAGUGCAUCUCGUGGUCGUCAUUCCUCUGCUGGUCAUGGUGCUGUAUCUUAAUAAGUUUGCCAACGAUGGCUGCGCCACAUGCUGCGAGAAGUUCUACUACGACGACUAUUACUGCAAGGUCAAGAAUGACAAGUACCUUGGAAGCAAGGAUGCCUGGAUCGACUACGCCAGGAAGUACAACACAACCCGUUAA